AAAUGAAACAUGAUAGUACAUUAGUAACACUUAUCAUAGUUAUCCUUUGAAAUUUUCAUGGACAAAUUUUCUUGCCUUUCCUCAACAAAUUAUCUUGAAAUCUUUAUUCGUCAUUUUUUAAAUUUUCAAGGAAAAUUUUGCCUGCUUGGGACCAAAGCCUGCUAUAAAUUGCAUCCGAAAUCAACAAAUUUCAAACCUAAAACAAACGUCUCAAAUUUCCAAAUUAUGGCAGUGAUGAGAAACAACACCAUCCUUUUGGCAUCCUUGUUAUGCCUCUCAGACCUAUUUCUCGCAUCAUCUUCAGCUUCUGCUUCUCAUUUUAAUACUAGUGUUCAUGAGGGAUUCGUAGAAUGCCUAAACGAAAAAUCACUGCCCAAUGAACCAAUCUCGGAACUCAUAUACACACCAAACAACUCUUCAUUUUCCACCAUCUUGCAAACAUACAUUAGAAACCUACGUUUCAAUGAAACCACAACCCGUAAACCCUACCUCAUUAUCACCCCAACAAAAAUCUCCCACAUACAAUCAUCCAUCCUCUGCGCAAAACGGUACGGCAUGUUGAUGAAAAUCCGAAGUGGCGGCCACGACUACGAAGGCCUAUCAUAUGUAGCCGAUUCCCCGUUUUUCAUCCUGGAUCUCUUCAACUUCAAGUCCAUCGACCUGAACAUGGAAGAAGAAACCGCUUGGGUGCAAGUCGGCGCCAUGAUUGGGGAAGUGUUGUACGGUAUUUACAACAAAAGCAAAGUCCACGGCUUCCCGAACGGAGUUUGUCCCACUGUCGGAAUUGGUGGGAAUUUUGGCGGAGGCGGGUACGGUAACAUGAUGAGGAAACACGGCCUGUCGGUCGAUCACAUCCUCGACGCUCUGAUAGUGGACGUAAAUGGACGGCUUCUGGACCGGGCCGCGAUGGGGGAAGACCUGUUUUGGGCCAUCAAUGGAGGCGGAAGCGCCAGCUUUGGUGUCGUAGUCUCGUACAAGAUCCACAUCGUUCGGGUUCCUCCGGUUGUUACAGUUUUUAACGUCAAGAGGACUUACGCGGAAAACGCGACUUAUUUGGUCCGGAGAUGGCAAGAAAUUGCUCAUAAAUUAGAUGAUGAUCUCUUCAUCAGGAUGAUUAUAGAUGUGGUUAACGAUACUACAACGGAUACACCAAAUGCUAAGACGAUUCGAUCGGCUUUCUUCGCGAUGUUCCUUGGAGAUUCAGAAAGGCUUCUUUCUGUGAUGAAUAAGAGUUUCCCUGAAUUGGGAUUGAAGAAAAGUGACUGUACUGAGAUGAACUGGGCUGAAUCUGUUGUUUACUAUACAAGAUUCCCAGCUGGAACUCCAGUUGAGGCUCUUCUCGACAGAAAACCCCAAGUUUUAACUCAUCUCAAGAGGAAAUCCGACUACUUGAAGAAACCUAUGCCAAUUGAAGGCAUAGAAUUCAUCUUCAAGAAAAUGAUUGAGUUUGAAACACCUGUUCUUACUUUCAAUCCUUAUGGAGGAAAGAUGGCUGAGAUUUCGCCGACGGCGAAACCCUUUCCCCAUCGAGCAGGGAAUAUUGCCAAGAUUCAGUAUGCGACAAACUGGAAUCAAAGUGGUGUUCACACAGCUGAGCAUUACCUCAAAGUGACCAAUGAGCUGUUUGCAUAUAUGACGCCAUAUGUUUCCAAGAAUCCCAGGGAACAUUUUCUGAAUUACAGGGAUCUUGAUAUCGGAAUUAAUCGCAAUGGGAAGAGUAAGAUUAAGAAUUACAGGGAAGGAAGAGUUUAUGGGGUUAAGUACUUCUUGAAGGAAAACUUCAACAGACUGGUUAGAAUUAAGACGGUGGUUGAUCCUGACAAUUUCUUUAGGAACGAGCAAAGCAUCCCAGUGCUUCCAUGAAGAUCGAAAAAGGGAAGUAAGUAAUAAUAUAGCCAGAUUAUAGAAUUUCCCAAGUUGAUCGGGAAAUUGUAGACACUGAAUAACUAAUGACAUGGGAAAUUCGACGAUUAUUGUUCUAUUGUUUGAUGAUUAUGGGGUUUUUUAUUCACGAUUAUAUCGAAUUAAUACUGUCAUUCCAUUUUGAAGAAAAUGGGUAAUUCUUUUGAUGACUUUGAAUUUUAAUCGUUAAAAUCUAUCACCAUCGG